UUGGAGUCUAAGGGUUCUUCACUCUUAAAGAGUUGUGGUUAUCGGUGUCCUUCGCACAUCUGAUGAUUGUUACUUACUUAUUGCUUGACUUAAGAGUCCAAACAGAUUCAACUUCUUUCUUUUAGCAAUACCUUUUCUUUUUGAAUUAAUUUCUUCAUUACUUAAUGACUGAGAGUUGCAGUCAAACUUUCCAAGUUUUAAAUUCCCGAUAGAUUUGGUUUGCUUUCAUUGUGAACAUGGAUUACUACCAAGUGGAGAAUGGAACUUCAAGUUCUGCCAACUUCCUCAGCUCAACCACAACACAGUUCAGCAACUGUGACUUGCAGAGUUUUCCAUCGCUUGUCAUCUGCAAGGAUGCAACUGCAGUUGCCAACGAUCUGCCCAAUCGACAAGAGCAGACUGAUGCGCUCAUUACCUGCUACCAAAGCUUGGAGGAUGAAUCCAAUUCGACUAAUGAAUUUGAUACGGCUCAAUGUGGCAAUCAGCAGACAGAAGGCGGCAGCUUUAGCGGUGGCGAUGCCAGCAGUCCAGCAUCAGGAUCAGGAUCAAGAUCAGGAUCGGGCAAUGGCGACUCCAUGGAUCUGAAGCAGCUGUUCGAGGAGCUGUGUCCCGUUUGCGGCGACAAGGUGAGCGGCUAUCAUUACGGCCUGCUGACGUGCGAAUCGUGCAAGGGAUUCUUCAAGCGGACCGUGCAAAACAAGAAGGUCUACACCUGUGUGGCAGAGCGUGCGUGCCAGAUCGAUAAGACGCAGCGCAAGCGUUGUCCCUACUGUCGCUUCGAAAAGUGCCUCGAGGUGGGCAUGAAGCUGGAGGCGGUGCGAGCGGAUCGCAUGCGUGGCGGUCGCAACAUGUUUGGUCCCAUGUACAAAAGGAAUCGCGCUCGCAAGCUGCAGGCGAUGAGGCAGCGACAGUUGGCGCUGCAAUCGCUGCACAGUUCGCAGGAUAUACAAAUAGCCCAGGUAUCGUCAUCGCCUGGAUGUGGCAGCCAUUGGAUUGCCAGCGAUAAUAACAACACCGCUGAGAGGAAAUUGUGCUUGGAUUCGACGCGAAGUGUAUCGCCAAUGAUUCGGGAAUUUGUCGAAGCGCAGUUGAUCGAUGAUCGCGAGUGGCAGACGCAGCUGUUUGGAUUGCUGCAGAAGCAGACGCAUAAUCAAGUGCAGGUGGAUCUCUUUGAGCUGAUGUGCAAGGUGCUGGAUCAAAAUCUGUUCUCGCAAGUCGAUUGGGCGCGAAACAGCGUGUUCUUCAAGCAUCUCCACGUCGACGAUCAAAUGAAACUGCUGCAGCACUCGUGGUCCGAUCUCCUUGUACUCGAUCAUCUGCAUCAUCGCAUACACAACGCUCUGCCCGAUGUGACGCACCUGCACAACGGUCAGGUGUUCGAUCUGAUGAGUCUCGGCUUGUUGGGGGUGCCCCGGUUGCGUGAUUACUUCGACGAGCUGCAGCAUAAGCUCAUCGAUCUCAAGUUCGAUAUGGGCGAGUAUGUGUGCAUGAAAUUCAUGAUGCUAUUGAGUCCAGAUUCGCGCAUCAAUGUUGAAAACAGCAAGAUCGUCCUCGAGGGACACGAGCGUGUCCAAGCAGCUCUGCUCGAUUACACCCUUCUCUGUUAUCCCUCAAUGAAUGGCAAAUUCAGCAGAUUAUUGACCAUCAUACAGGAAAUCCAUGCCAUGGCCUCGCGUGGCGAAGAAUAUCUCUAUGCGAAGCACUGUGCUGGCAAUGCGCCAACGAGGACUCUGCUCAUGGAGAUGCUGCACGCCAAGCGAAAGGUGUGAAGCCACGCUGUGAUCAAUACAAAAUCCAUGUAAUGCAAGCAAUAAAAUAAAUGAAAUCGUAAGAAGAUCCUUUCUCAAAAUGGUGUCCAUAUGUGUAUGCUAUUCUUUUAUUUCACUUUUUCUUUAUGCCUCCCCAUUUUCCCAUUACUCGCACUCUACACACUCAUAUAUUUAUUUUUCUCCUGUAGGAUUUCGUCAUUGACAUCUGUAUUUCCUCGUAGGUUUGAUGUCCUAGGACUUUCAGGUCCUCCAGCCGUGUCCCGACACACAGCACUUUGUGGCCACCAACAUGUGCUUCUCGUGAAUUUUGAAUUAGUUCUUGAUUGUAGUCCUAGGUGUUUGGGGUGUAUUAUUUUUAAUUAAAACACUAUUGUAUUUUUUGUGUUUGAAGACCUCUGUCUUCUAUUCAAGCACUUUAUUGAAUAUCUCUUGUCUUCUUUUCAACUUAAAAGCUGUAUAAAACAUGCCCAGUAGUUGGCUCUUAUGUUUAUGUAAACAUUGCAACAAAGUGAUACAAUGUGUAUUUCUUUUAUUUAUUGUUU